AAAGCAGUAAAUAAGGUUAAAGCAGUAAAUGAAGGGGUCAAAACAUUCUAUAAAUGCCACUCCAACUAUCAACCUUCUUCUUCACACUCCUAUCAAAGCAACCACCUCUCUCUCUCCUUCACAUUCCACCUUCUCAAACAGAAUGUUCAUGGGAAAAAUGAGUCUUUUGGGGAUCUUCCUGUUGGGUCUUGCUGCGAUGGCGUGCUCUGUUCAUGGAUACGAAGCUGGGUGGGUCAGUGCUCAUGCCACUUUCUACGGUGGAAGCGAUGCUUCUGGAACAAUGGGUGGCGCUUGUGGGUACGGGAAUCUUUAUAGCCAAGGGUACGGAGCCAACACGGCGGCGUUAAGCACCGCACUGUUCAACAACGGCCUUAGCUGCGGCGCGUGUUUCGAGAUCAAGUGCCAGAGCGACGGCGCGUGGUGUUUACCCGGUGCUAUUGUGGUCACAGCGACCAACUUCUGUCCUCCCAACAACGCACUGCCUAAUAACGCAGGUGGUUGGUGUAACCCUCCGCUUCACCACUUUGAUCUCUCUCAGCCUAUCUUCCAACGCAUUGCUCAUUACAAAGCUGGUGUUGUCCCUGUUUCUUACCGAAGGGUUCCGUGUAAGAGAAGGGGAGGUAUAAGAUUCACCAUCAACGGCCACUCUUACUUCAACCUUGUCUUGGUUACUAAUGUCGGCGGAGCCGGAGAUGUUCGCUCUGUGGCGGUUAAAGGUUCAAGAACAAAGUGGCAGCCAAUGUCUAGGAACUGGGGUCAAAACUGGCAAAGCAACAAUCUGCUCAAUGGUCAAGCGUUGUCCUUUAAGGUUACUGCUAGUGAUGGUCAAACUGUCGUCUCCAACAACGUUGCUCCGGCUAGCUGGUCCUUUGGACAAACCUUCUCCGGCCGUCAGUUCCGUUAAAAUUGUGUCAGAAGUUCGGUUUUAUGUAGUUUAGAGUUUGUGUAGUGUCAAGGACAGAGGAGAGAGAAUUGGAGAGAAAGAGGGUUUAAGGCUCUGUUAGGGUUUUAAUUGGAGUCAUUAAGCUUCUUCUUUCAACACUUGAGGGUAAAAUGGUGAAAAGGGCUUAUUUUACAAGGUCUCUUUUUAGUCAUUUUAAGAACUAGGGUUAUAGUAAGCGAGUAUUUAGCGAAGGGGCCUCUAUGUAAUGGUUUCCUUUGUUUUUAUCAGCUUUUUUUUACCUUCUGUCUUUUAGUUUGAAAAGCAGAAGUGGGUAGGGGCAGAGGAGGAACUUCACCACCCGCCAUGUGUGUGUUUCUUUUUCUUUUGUGUUUUGUUUUGUCGUUUGCGAAGUUGUGAUGUAAGGGCUGCUCUUGUGGGCUUUCAUAAGUGUUAUGUUACCAUUGUUAGCAAGUAUGAACUUUAUGUUGUUCAUGUGA